AUGGGGAUUCUCGCUGAAGAGAAGAUUGUGGGAGCCAGAGGGGACCAAGCAACCAUGAAGUUCUUCAUCUUUACCUGCCUUGUGGCUGUUGCUCUGGCAAAGCAUGAAUCUGCUGAGGAAAUCAAUGAUAAAAUUGUGCAGACUGAAGAACAAAAGGUCAACCUGAAUGAGCAGAAAAAAAUCAAGCAGUUUUCCAAGGACCUUUCCUGCUCCCAGUUUUGCACACCUGUUUCCCAACAGCAGAUCAAUUUGAACCAGUGGGCCCAGGGUAAGGCCAUCCGUAACAUUCCCAACCAGGAAUCCAUCAGCAUCAUUGUGCAGGAAAUCCUGAAGAAGAUUAUUGAUUUGAUCGAGAAUAACCAAAUUCAUCAGUUCAUCAUCCCCCAGUUCCCCCAGGCUGUUCAUCAACAGCAGAUGCCUGUGACCUACUGGAAUAGGCCAUACACCUACCCAUAUGCUCCCUAUGUGGUAUGUGCACUGUGA